AUCCUUGCUACCCCCAUCGCUUCGAUCCCUGCUACCCCCGCCUCUUCGAUGGCGCUAUUACUCCUUUCGCCGCUUCGAUCCCGGUUGCUCCCCCUAUCUCUCCUCUCCUCUCCUCUCCGCCCCUUUCCUUUGAUCCCCUUCAUCCCCUCGAGCUCUCCCCUCCCCCGAAACCUUAGCUCUCUCGAUCGUGGGGGGUGGGGUGCGGCCAUGAAACUUGCGGGGCUCAGAUCGGUGGAGAACGCCCACGACGAGUUGAUCUGGGCGGCGACGUGGGUCCCUGCCACAGACUCCCGCCCCGCGCUCCUCCUCACGGGCUCCCUCGACGAGAACGUGGGGCUCUGGUGCCCCGACGAGCUCGCUGCGGCGGCACCGCCCUCGCGCGGCCACGCCCUCGGCGUCGUCGCCGCCACCGCCCACCCUUCCGNGCCUCCCUCGACAUCCCCCCCCCCCCCCCGAGGUCUGGGGCUUGCAGUUCGACCCAAAGAUGCCGAGGAUGGGGACGCCGUUCUACUUGGUGUAGCGAAGAAAGCCAUUGGGAAAGGAGGUGGUGUCGCCGGCAUGGACAGAGUAGGGGCCGCCCGAGAGGACAGAGGUGAGGGCUAGCGUUACGGCGCCGUCGUCGUCGCCGAUCGCCCCGUCCGCGACACCUUCUGCGUCCUCAACAAGGACGGCACCGGCAUCAGCUAUGGGCUCUUAUUUGCCUUUGGCCAACUCCACGAUUUCUUCAGGAAGAUUGUCUAUCGGUUCAAAUCCAAUGAUACAAAGUCAAUAGGUCCAAAUCCAAGUAUGUAAAGGUAAUUUUAGUUUUCAUAUGUGCUCAUCUUUAUGAGUUUUUCUUUAGAUUUACUAUUCAUUUUAUUUCUUUGACCCUUUUUUAUCCGGAGAGAAUCCGGAACAUCGGCCAAUUUCUUCUCCGACCGGUGACAUCGAGGGAGAGAGGGACUAAACUGCCCCAAACUAGAUUGAAGCUCACAUGUGCGAUGAAAUAUCUAAGCAAACAAUCUAAUUACUUAGCUUUAGAUUAAUGAGAUGAUAGCCCUUCUCUUUAACUUCUAUGUAGUUAGGAAUUUUUUAGGUUAAACAACUUUUAAUUAAAAGAUGGACGGAAGAAAAAAGAUUGGAAGAAAGAAAAGUUGAGAUGAUUUCUUGCUAAUAUUAGUUGUAUUGUUUCUUCUCACCCACAAAAAAAGAGAAAUUAUUGGAUCCAUACUUAGAUGUAGUUUCCAGUUAGGAUUAAAUAUGGCAAGUGCUAAUUUUUCUCUCAAAAUCAAAUGUCUGUGAUGUAUAAAAUUUUUAUUUUCUUUGACCUUCUUAUAUAAAUUAGUUUUCACCUAAAGUUAAAGAUUUUGGUGAAAACAUAUUCAGCAUUAUAUUGGAAAAAGAUUAACAUUCCUAAGUUGCAAAUCGUUAAAAAAAAAAAUGUAUCUUCAACGUAUGAUAUGAACCUGUAGGGCCUGCAUAGCAUAUCUUUGUAGGGCCUGCAUAAUAUACUAAUCGUUCCAACCUAUCCCAAAUACAAUUGCCACUUAGUUGAAUCUUCUAAAAAACUGGUAAUUGUUUUUAUACACUAGAAACACACAUCAUGAAAGGUGGGGCUCAUUGUAGCAUAAUUGUGGAGAAAGAUAAUAUUAGUUUGACUAGCCUAAAAGAAAAUUUUAUACACUAUAUUUGUGAGUGGUGGAAAUGUGAGAAAAUAGCCGCAGAUGCUGAUAUAUGUUGAUCAUUCUCGAGUAAAUUAACUAUUUAUGUUUGUGAUAGUCCAAAGUUUUGUCGCACAAUUAAGUUUGGCAAAUGGAGCUGGUAUGGUUAUUUAACCCCCGUUGGUAAUUUCGGCGUUUGUUAAUAAUUUUAUGUUUGUCCUGUUGAUUCAUGAUCCAAUGGUCGUUUAGUGUUUUGUUAGGAUUUUUUUCUGCGAUGAUGGAUUCUCAUCACCAUUGAAUGGGUGGCGAGGACUCACUUUUGUCGCAGCUACGUUAGUGACAUGAUAACUAUUAUGUGUGAGCCAUCUGCCGGUUUAAAUAAAAAAUGGUGCAUUUCUGCGAUUGAGUUGAUUGAACUAUAUGUUGAAAAUAAGAAAUUUUGUCGAUAAUGACGGUUCUCAUUAAUAUUAAUUGGGUGGCAUGAUUUGUAUCUGAUUCCGUUGUUUCUAAUGAUUCUAUAAUUGUAUAGGCAUCAACUAAUUUAUAGAAGCUUCCUAUUUUGUUUUCUA